GUCCUAAGACAAGACGGGACAAAGAGGGGGUCGUUUUUGUUCCAAUUUUACGUCAGAAUGUUCCAGCUCCUGCCCGGUCAAACCAUUCGGAAUUUGAUUCGGAAUCCUGAAUGGAGUCAGCACAGAGAACAGACAUCCAUGAUCGAACAAAAAUAUUUAAAAAACGUGUGUAAAUACGUACGUCUCGUGUCGGAUGUGGAGACAGCAAUAAAAAACAAACCAGAAGCCGACAACAUACGAGCAGAAGUGUCUACAAUAGUAUCCAAUUAUGUAAACUAUCAGAGCCAACCCCGAACAAAAGAGAACGACUGGAUACAUAGGGACAUUAUGAAAAGUAAAAAUUUCUUACGAGAGAACCCAAACCUCUACGUAACAAAAGCCGACAAAGGUAACAAAACUGUACUGAUAUCAGCCACCGAAUACCACCAAAAAAUGACUGCGAUGGUCAACGAUACAUCGACCUACAAGGAGCGCAAAGAUAAUCCCUCGAAAAGGGUGUUGAAGAAGCUGAAUACCAUCGUGAAACAGUGGUGGUUAAAUAAACACAUAGAUACGGCAACCAAAUACAAACUUAAAGUAUACCACUGCAACCCACCGCGGGUCUACGGUCUACCGAAGAUACACAAGGAAGGCCGCCCUCUUCGACCUGUCGUUUCCACCAUCGGCUCAGCCACCUAUCGCAUGGCUCAAUACUUAGCAGGAAUACUGAACAAUUUGGUAGGAAAAACCGAAUACCAUGUUCGCAAUAGUUUCGACUUUGCAGAAGAGGUAUCCAAGGUGCGGGUACCGGACGGAUGCGUCCUUUUUUCGCUAGAUGUGAUUUCUCUUUACACAAACGUGCCUGUAGAAAAGGUAUAUGAGUGCGUAGAAGAGAGAUGGCAUGAGCUGGACCUCAUAACGACUAUACCGUGGGACAAUUUCAAACAAGCGAUGAAAGCUGUCCUGGAAGCUUCCUUUUUUCAAUAUGAUGGGAAGUUUUAUGACCAGACAUUUGGUGUGCCAAUGGGAUCACCUUUAUCUCCUGUUGUCGCGAACAUAGUGAUGGAAAAGUUGGAAAAAGAUGCUAUCGAAAAGCUGAAACAGAAAAACAUAUCACUAGUAGUAUACCGGCGCUAUGUGGAUGAUUGUUUUGUUGUAGGACGAGCUAACGAAAUCGAAACUGUCGUUCGAACGUUCAACGAGCAACAUAAUAACAUCAAUUUCACUUGUGAAAUGGAAGAACGUGGUCGCAUUCGUUUUUUGGACCUUAUGCUGCCUAGAGAAGGAGAAAAAAUACAGAAAGCAUGGCAUCCGAAACAAAAAACUGGACGAUACCUAGACUACACUUCGGAGAGUCCACACACUCAUAAGAAAAAUACUGCAAUUGCACUCUUUGACAGAGCGCUUAAACUGACGGAUACGGAGAAACGAGAAGAGACCAUUAAAACAGCAUUAGACAUACUACGCAGCAACAACUAUCCAGAACAUUACAUUAGACGUAUUUUAAAACAACGAGUAGAUCUACUAUACAACACGAUGAAAACCAGGGGAACAGAAGAACGAACAACAAAAUACGCAUCUAUUCCGUACAUUCCCUGCUUAAGCGAGAAGAUAGGGAAGCUUCUGCGCAAGAAUGACGUCACAGCUGCUUACAAACCAACGAAUAAAAUUAAAAGUACCGUAUUUACCAUGCUGAAGGAUAAGAUACCUAAGAUGCAACAAACCAACAUAGUGUACAGUAUCCCUUGUGGCGUCUGUGACAAUAAGGAGUACAUUGGGCAGACAUCACAGACGCUAGAGAAGCGCAUAACACAACAUAAAAAUUCUAUACGCACAAGAACGUCGUGCACGGGUCUAACUCAACACACGACGGAACAGGGGCAUCAUUUUGAUUUCUCCAAAACACAUGUGUUAGAGAGAGUCAACAACGAGGCCAAUAGACUAACAGCAGAAGUUCUUCACAUAAAACUGAGAGAGGAGAGCGCAGUGAACCUACAGCGUGAUGCCGCCAGUUUCUCCUAUGCAUACAACGGGCUUCUCAACAAACUGCGGUCUACGCAGCACGGUAAGCGUGGUCAGCAAAGAGAGACGCCACGAACGUGAGAGAGAAAUUUAAAUUUAGUUUUAUUUGGACAGUCCCGCGAGCGAGAAGCGAACGGGCUUAAAUUUCUGAGGAUGGCCGAAGAAUGAGUAGGCUGAAACGUAAACAACGGAAAUAGUUUUAUUAUAUUUUUCACCGAACAACAUCAACCGAAACCAGUAAGCAGAAUCGAACGGUGACCAAAGCUGAA